GCCAACCGGAGCGCGGCAUUUUCCGCGGGAGAUCUGAAUUUCGCGGCACGCAGUUUGGCGCUAAAAAAAAAAAAGAAGAAAAAAAAGAGGCAGAGAAAGACUUAGGGACUAGAGAGCAAGCCGCGAGGAAGUCGGUGCAGUCAAGAUCCCCUUCCCCGUCCCAGCGCAUCGCGUCUCCGCCGAGCUUGCGGCCACGCCGGGACCCCUCCCCAGAACCGGCAGGACCCCAGGUGCCGUGGCCUUGGGGGGCGAGGGGCGUCCCGGGUCGCAGUGCCCGCCCCUGGCAGUGCCACCACCGCAGCCGCUGGGCAAUCUCCAAGCGGCGAUCUCCAAGCGUUGCUCGGCUGGGCCGCGGGCCAGGAGGGGAGGGUCUGGCCUUGCUCCUCAGGCGUCCAUUGGCGGUUUUCCCCGGCCUCCGCGCCAUGCCGCGGGCUGUGUGAGCGGCGGCAGCACCGGAUCCCGCAGGUGUCCGCGGGCGCGCCAGGCCCAUUUGGGUAGGGGGCGCCUUACUCGCUAUGCUGCGAGGGCCCCGGAUCUUGGCUUCGGCCACUGGGCAGCACCCGAAGGUGGUGCCCGCGAUGAGCCCCACGGAGCUGUGGCCGCCCGGCCUCAGCAGCCCCCAGCUCUGCCCAGCUACUACCACCUACUACACGCCGUUGUACCCGCAGACGGCGCCUCCCGCUGCGGCGCCCGGCAUCUGCCUCGACGCCACUCCCCAUGGACCCGAGGGCCAAGUUGUGCGAUGCCUGCCGGCAGGCCGGCUGCCGGCCAAAAGGAAGCUGAAUCUGGAGGGGAUUGGGAGGCCCGCCGUCCUUGAGUUCCCAACCCCCAAGGGGAAGUGCAUCAGAGUGGAUGGCCUCCCCAGCCCCAAAACCCCCAAAUCCCCUGGGGAGAAGACUCGAUAUGACACCUCGCUGGGGCUGCUCACCAAGAAGUUCAUUUACCUUCUGAGCGAGUCCGAGGAUGGGGUCCUGGACCUGAACUGGGCCGCUGAGGUGCUGGACGUGCAGAAGCGGCGCAUCUAUGACAUCACCAAUGUGCUAGAGGGCAUCCAGCUCAUCCGCAAGAAGGCCAAGAACAACAUCCAGUGGGUAGGCAGGGGAAUGUUUGAAGACCCCACCCGGCCUGGGAAGCAGCAACAGCUGGGGCAGGAGCUGAAGGAGCUGAUGAACAGGGAGCAGGCCCUGGACCAGCUCAUCCAGAGCUGCUCUCUGAGCUUCAAGCACCUGACUGAGGACAAGGCCAACAAGAGGCUGGCCUAUGUGACUUACCAGGAUAUCCGUGCUGUCAGCAACUUUAAGGAGCAGACAGUGAUUGCCGUCAAGGCCCCUCCGCAGACGAGACUGGAAGUGCCUGACAGGACUGAGGACAACCUGCAGAUAUAUCUCAAGAGCACCCAAGGGCCCAUCGAAGUCUACCUGUGCCCAGAGGAGGUGCAGGAGCCCGACAGUCCUUCCGAGGAGCCCCUCCCUUCUACCUCUACCCUCAGCCCUAGCCCUGACUCUGCCCAGCCCAGCAGCAGCACCGACCCUAGCAUCAUGGAGCCCACAGCAUCCUCAGUGCCAGCGCCAGCACCGAUCCCCCAGCAGGUCCCACUGCCUCCGUCCCUGGUGCCCUUGGAAGCUACUGACAGCAUGCUGGAGCUGCCACACCCACUCCUGCAGCAGACCGAGGACCAAUUCCUGUCCCCAACCCUGGCGUGCAGCUCCCCUCUGAUCAGCUUCUCACCGUCCUUGGACCAGGAUGACUACCUGUGGGGCUUGGAGGCGGGUGAGGGCAUCAGUGACCUCUUCGACUCCUACGACCUUGGGGACCUGUUGAUUAAUUGAGUGGCCCUGCCUGCCUCCAGCAGCCUACCCCUGACUCUACCUCCUCACAGACAGGCUGACAGGUCCUCUGCCUGCACAGGGACAUUGGACACUAAGUGCUGCCCUCAGGCCAUGGGGUCUUCUCUCCUUCCUCACCCCGGCCAGCAGAUGUAUGGGGAGAUGUGGAUGAUGCGGGUAAGGUGUGGAUAAGAGGGUGAGUCCUUGCUUACCUAGUGGAAGCUGGGCCUGGGGAGGCCCAUCCAGUCUUCUGACCUCUGACUUCUCACAAGAAGGCUGCAGGUGAGGUGGCCAAGUCCAGGGAAAGGCCCUGCUACCUCCUUUUGAGGGGUAAUUACCUCGACAAACCAAGAAGCACCUAAUGCCUUUGUAUUUAUUUCAGGUGGAGUUGUAUUUGUUUGUCCCCCCUGAAUUUUAGCAGGGAGGUUAUUCUAGGUUUUAGUGCAACCUCUGCAGACAGGCCCAUCGGGCCCAUGGCUGUCCGUGUUCUGGGGCAGGUCUGGGUUUUCAAAGGAGGGGCCCAGGCCAAGUCCCUGCUUUCCCCACGGUGGUGGGGGCUGGGUCUCUGAGGGGCUGUCCGGUCUGCUGGGACGCUAAUUGCACUUAGACCUCGUAAUUCUAGUAAACAGCCUCUGCGGGCCUUUCACCCUGCCCCCUGCUCUCAGCCUCACAUCUCCAGCUGAGGCACCGGCUUUGGCUUCCUGGUCUCCUCUGUCCCAGAGAUGGUUCCAGGGAGCCAUUCCAGGGCAGGUAGCACUGAGGCUCCCAUGGAAACAGGAGUUGCCAGCUCAGGAGACCCCUUUCCUGAGGAAGUCCUUACCUCUCCCUCCCCUUGAGGUAUAAAAAUAGUCCAGCAGAGACAAGCUUCUGAGAAAAACAGAUCAGGAACGUGGAGGGUAGCUGUUAUGGCUGUGGCGGACACCUUUCCUCAGAGUUUCUGCCUUGCCCUGGUCCAGGAGCUGUUUCACACCAAGGACUUGGUAGGCAGAGGCAGCCCCACCAUAAGAAGGGUCAGAUUAAAACAAGAAACUGCCAAAAGCACCCUCUCUGCCCCCCAUGUAAUGCUGGCAUCAUUCUCUGCCUCCCUGGGAGGAUUUUUUCCACCAUGUUUAUUGAAGGGGAUGGUUCUUUAAGGACUUCUCCACCUCAGAGCUCACUUAGACCCCCAAGGACAGAGGUGACUGGCGCUUGGUGACUUGUUCACUCCUUUUUUCCCUGGUAUGCUGAAGGGGUGACAGAGAGAGGUUGUCAUGGCAGACCAGGCCUUGGCAGCUAAUGGGGAGAGGGACUCAUGUUACUUCUUCAGGCUUGGGGUCCUGAGGGGGUCUUUUGGCUUCAGCCUGUUCCCCCAGAGGCUUAAUCAUCUCACAUUGUCCCUGCAGCCCAGUUGCUCUUGUCCCUCACCCACCUUGGGAUGUGGAUGCUCUGGGCUGAACCAAGGCCAUGCCUUCUGGAGAGAGGCACAGGUUGGUCUGAGGCCCGCCACCCACCCCUCAGGGAGCCAGGUUUUCUCAGAGGCUCAGCUGGACAGCACUUUUAAAAUAAGUUUGUAGCAUUAAAAUCUGGUUUAAAAUAUGAAGUUGGUUUUGUUGGCUGGUUCCUGAGCCCACUGAUGUCUGAAGUUUGAGAGGCGGAAUUAUUUGAGGGUACGGCCCAGUGUGACCUAAUGCCCAGUUGAAGACAAUUGUGCGUCAUUGUUUCUUCAGCUUCCUGGGACCCCAAGUUAGCCUGCUUCUAGAAGUCAGCAGAUCACAGCUGCCCCCACUCUAUAUAAGCAGGGCUAAUUUUGGACACUUUACAGAAAUACUUUUUUACAGAAAUACUCCCUUAAAUACAAGAGUCUUAUCAGAAGCCCAUCUUCUUUUUUUUUUUUUUUUGAGUCGGAAUCUUGCUCUGUUUCCCAGGCUGGAGUGCAGUGGCGUGAUCUUGGCUCACUGCAACCUCCACUUCCUGGGUUUGUCAAUUCUCCAGUCUCAGCCUCCCAACUUGCUGGGAUUACAGGCAUGUGUCACCAUGCCCAGCUACCUUUUUUUUUUUUUUUUUUUUUAGCAUUUUUAGUAGAGAUAGGGGUUUCCUGUGUUAACCAGGAUGGUCUUGAUCUCCUGACUUCGUGAUUUGCUCACCUUGGCCUCCCAAAGUGCUGGGAUUACAGGUAUGAGCCACCAUGUGCAGCCCAGAAGCCCACCUUAAAGUCCAGCAUGCCCAGGGCCCAGGGACCCUGCAUGGAAUCUCGUUUGGGGUACGUGGGCUGCUUUGCUCUGCCCUCGACUGGGCUGCCUUUUAGCCAGGUGCCAUCUCUGAGGUCAGAGGUGUUUGACUCCCAUGCCUUGGGCUCAGUCUGGAAAUUGCCCCAAGAAUUACAUCAGAGAAAAGGGAGAAGAGGCCUGUAGGAUCCAUGGGAAUGAGUUUAACACUGAAGUCUGGAAUUUAAGCUCAUGCCCUAAACACCUCUCCAUAGGGCUGCACAGGGGAACCGCCCUCAGGCUUGUGGCCUGUGUCCUCAGCACAGGGGGUCUCCCCCCGACCCCGUGCUGUCCCUUUCACACCUUACCUAGCCAAGGGGCUAGACUGCCCAGGCUAAGCCUUAGAUUCAGUGUAGGAUACAAGUUCAUGCCCCCUUCUUGUCAGUGACACUUGAAGUCUCCCAACUUCCACGGAGUGCUUUCAGGACGCAUCAUUUUGAGUGGUCUUUUUUUUUCUUUUUCUCUCUUAUUUUUUGAGAAAGAGUCUCAUUCUGUUGCGCAGGCUGGAGUGCAGUGGCCUGACCUUGGCUCACUGCAACCUCCGCCUCCCAGGUUCAAGCGAUUCUUCUGCCUCAGCCUCCCGAGUAGCUGGGACAGUAGGCAUGCAACACCAUGCCCAGCUAAAUUUUUAUUGCCGAAACAGGGUUUUGCCAUGUUAGCCAGGCUGGUCUUGAACUCCUCACCUCAAGUGAUCUACCCACCUUGGCCUCCCAAUAUGCUGGGAUGACAGGCGUGAGCCACUGCACCCGGCCUGAGCGGUAUUUUCUGUAGGCACCAGGUAGACUUUAUAACUAGGGAAGGAGAGGCCGGUCACGGUGGCUCACACCUAUAAUCCCAGCACUUUGGGAGGCCGAGGUGGGUGGAUCGCGAGGUCAAGAGAUCAAGACCAUCCUCGUCAACAAGGUGAAACCCCGUCUCUACUAAAAAUACAAAACAUUAGCUGGGCAUGGUGGCACAUGCCUGUAGUCCCAGCUACUCAGGAGGCUGAGGCAGGAGAAUUGCUUGAACCCAGGAGGCGGAGCUUGCGAUGAGCUGAGAUCGCGCCAUUGCACUCCAGUCGGUAACAACAGUGAAACUCCGUCUCAAAAAAAAAAAGAACUAGGGUAGGAGAAAAGCCCGUUUCUUUCUGAGGUAAACAAUUUCUUCCAGGAAACUCUGCAGCCCCUCAAAAAUCACCCAUGUCCCCAGGGACAUCUAAAGCUUGGGAUUCCAGGAAACCAUUCAGUAGAGUUGGAGAUUCAGAGAUUUAUUGAAGCCAGGGACAUGUUCCUAACUCCCAUCCCAUUAAAGGUGUUAGAGCAGACUAGAGGGUGACUCUUUUCCACUAUAAUGGGACCAGCUGGUGUGCCUGCAGGGAAGAGGGAGGUGGUCAAGCUUGAAAAACCCUUCGGGAUGGUUCUGACUUCUCCCUCCCCACGUGUUCUCAGCCUGCGUUCUGCACAGUGUUUAGUUUUAGGGAAAGGGUUUGGGUGAACCAGCAUCCAGGUGUUGUGCGGCUUACUGUAUGUGAAGUGAAAGCCUUUUGGGGUUGUUUGGAAGCAGCUUUCUGGUUCUUGUCAUUGUAUCUUGAGGUCCCAGAACCCUGUUCUCCCAUGAGGACCCUUAGUGACUAUGGUGGCCACAAGCCCAACCAGCCUGCUGGCUCCUGGGUGACCCGAAGAACCUUGCCUGUGGCACUUUUCGAGGGUGAGCUGGACCCAAGAGAAAGUGGUCCCAUGCUGGGACUCAUGCAGGUCAUUUCCCUGACGUCUUGUUUCACCCUGGUCCUGUCUUGAUGAGCACCACAUAAGCCUCCUUGUAUUGAGAUAAUUGGGCAUUAAACAUUAAACUGCAACUCUGGGAA